UGCUGAUCAUUGCACCUUCAUGCUUUUGUCCCACUCCUUAAACUAACCCCAGCUUUAGAGAAAUUACGUAAAACCAGAGGGUUGGCCGCAGGCAAGGCGGUGACUCCUAUUCCUGUGUCGCUGCAGCACCAGUGAGCAUCCCUCAUCGGCAGGAGAAGGACCUCGCCUUUGUCUUCUGGAGUGCAGUGCGGUUCCUGCGGUCCUGCAGACAUGACGCCUCACCUGCUGCUUGGUGCCAUUGUGGCUGCUUCCCUCACGCAUUUUGUGGCGCCGGCCAACUUCAAUGAAACAAUUUAUUUUGUGACCGUCGGCUCCCGUCUGAUGGCAGGAAACCAGGAGACCUUAUGUGCUCUGAUCCAAAACCCCACAGAGCCAAUCACCCUAAACAUCUCAAUGGAUCUGGACUCUUCCAGCGUCAUGAUCACAGAGGAGUCUGUCCAAAGUGACUACUACCGCUGCUUCCAGUUUCUGGUCCCUAUAGUGUCCAUGGAAACUGUGGCAUCCAUCAGUGUGAGAAUUCAAGGAGAGGAAGACUCAAUGAGCCAGGACACCAAAGUCCUGAUUGAACCUCCGGCCUUCAUCCACAUCGUCCAGACAGACAAACCCGUCUACAAACCUGGACAGACCGUUCAAUUCCGCAUUGUCUCCAUGGACACCAGCUUCCUCCCCGUCAAUCGCACGUACACCGAAGUGACAAUUGAGGAUCCCAACUCCAACCGCAUCGCUCAAUGGUUGGACAAGUCCAUCGACGGCGGCAUUCUUGACCUUUCCCACCCCACCAUUCCUGAAGCUGCACAAGGAAUCUACACGAUCACUGCGGAGACAGACAAAGGCGAAGCCAUAUCCUACAACUUUGAGAUCAAAGAAUAUGUUUUGCCAAAGUUUGAAGUAACUGUAAACCUGCCCAAUGUGAUCACCAUCCUGGAUAAGGAGGCAACGAUGAAGAUCUGUGGAAAAUACACAUAUGGGAAACCAGUUCUGGGCUCAGUCAAGGCAGAAUUCUGCAGACGUGCGUAUCCAUUUAACUGGUGGUCACCUACAGAGCUAAAAGACAUCUGCGUAACUUUUAAGCUCACCACGGACAAAAGUGGAUGCGCCACACAAACUGUAGAUCUGGCAGACUUCGCCCUCGACCAAAACGGUUUUGAGGACAACUUUGAGGUGACGGCUGACUUGGAGGAGUUUGGCACAGGUGUCAUCCUGAAAGCCAGUGGAAGCGCUCGCUUCACCACUCAGAUCAGAGGCGUCUCCUUUGAGGAAGUACCUUCUUCUUACAAGCCUGGACUCCCAUUCGAGGGAAAGAUCAAAGUGGUUGGUGCAGAUGACAGUCCCAUUGCAAAGGAAACGGUCUACUUGUAUAUUGAAGACUCACUGAAAUUCACUCUCAAAACGGAUCGUAAAGGCUUCGCUGACUUUUCUCUGGACACAUCCUCGUGGUCAGAAUCGGUUUAUCUUUUGGCAACGACGAAGAUAAGAGACACCAAUGCAACACAGACUGAUUUUCAAGUCCGGCUUCCUUACUAUGGGGAGGCCAACUACUAUGUUGCUAGAUUUUACUCCAAGAGCAAGAGCUUUGUGGAGUUUGAUCAUGGCAGCAUGGAUCUGCCGUGUGACAAAGAUGGAUCCCUGAUCGCCCGGUACAUAAUCCAGGGGGAGGAUGUACAGAAAGGACAGAAGGUCCUAAACUUCUUCUACAUGGUGGAGUCCAAAGGUUCAGUUGUGCAGCAGGGCACUAUCUCUGUCCGUGUUAAAGAUCGAACUGUCAACAAAGGAAAGCUAAAGAUACCCCUCUCCAAGGUGAUGGACCUGGCUCCAGUGGCCCAGGUGGUGGUUUACACCAUGUUGUCAAGUGGAGAAGUUGUGGCCGACAGCCGGGACUUCCCCAUUCAGCUGUGCCUCAAUAACAAGGUGUCAUUGAAGUUCUCAGCUCUCCAAGAGCUCCCAGGAGCAAAGACCACAUUGACUCUUCAGGCCCAGCCCAGCUCCCUCUGCUCCGUCAGAGCCAUUGACCAGAGCGUCCUCCUGCUCAAGUCAGAGGAGGAACUCACAACCGACUAUGUCUACGGUCAGUUGCCCAUUCAGAGAAUGUGGGGGUACGACUACCGGGUUGAUGACUACUUCUCCAAACCCUGCUUUCCUGAUCCGUGGCUAAGGCCAGUUCCACUUCCAGAGGAGCCUGAACUUAUCCCCAGAGGUCGCCGGGAUAAACGCUCAAUCAUUUUACCCGCAUAUGGAGGGGUUGAUGUCUACACCAUCUUUAAGAACAUUGGGAUCAAAAUCGUUACAAACUCUGAAGUGAGCAAACCCAGACCUUGCUUUUUCUUUAAAUUUGGUAAGGCUGCUGCUGCCCCUGAGCAAAUAGCUGUAAAUACGGAUGAGCAACCUUCAAAUGAGCAGAAAACGGAGACUGUGAGGACAUACUUUCCUGAAACCUGGAUCUGGGACCUUGUUUCUGUGGGGUAAUAAAUUGUUUGCUUUUAUUAUGUUCUUUAAACAUAAUACUUUCUUUUUCUUUUUUACAAUGAGCUUGUAAGCACUGGGAUA